ACCUGGCCACUGCACUGGCCGUGUGCCAAACUACAGUUCGUCAGGUAAACUUUGUUUGUAAUGGUGCGUCAUUACACCUCCGCCGAUGAGAAAGUCGGCCGGCUUUUGAUCAGGCAGCUCCGACACAUGUGUUCGGUAUGGACUAUGGUUCCCUGCCAAAGACUUGAGUUUGAUUGAGUUGAUUCAACAGUACAUGUUCCCUGUGCACGAGGUGUCAGCUGCUCUUGAAAAGUUGAAGUGCAUCGGCCCCGAAUGGGUGCAACCAAAUGUUUAGGCUGAGUGAAAAGCACUUCCGUAAUUCGCAGCUCGCUCUAUGCUGCGGCCGUGGCUAAAUGCGUUGGUGGCACUCCAGAAACUAUAAUUGGAGCUAUUCAAGCAGUAAGACCAAAAACUUUUUUGUUACUUCAGCAAGGUGUUCCUUGCUUCUCUUGCCAAACUUCACACAUCUGUAACUUGGAAAGGAUUAAAGAUUUUGAAGCCAGGUCCAGAAGGUCAAGGAUGCCUCCGACACGAGUCGUAGUGGUGGGCGCUGGUAUGUCUGGCCUUGCCACGGCGGCAAAACUUGUAGAAGAGAGUGAUUCCGCUGCUAACUUCGAUGUGACGAUCGUGGAGGCUUCCUCGUAUGUGGGUGGUCGAGUGCGCGUGGAUCACCAAUGGAGUGACAUUGGACCUAUCGACAUGGGUGGCGAGUUCAUUCACGGAGAGAACUCCAUCCUAAUGACAAUGGCGAAGGAACACGACUGGGAAACACUGGCGGGAAAAAACGGCUGUGCCGUUAAUUAUCAGAUUGGACGAAAUGUAAUAAGAAAACGUGAUGACUACGGCGUGUUCCUCGACAACGAGCUCGUACCUCUGUGGGACACCAGACACGAGGUCAUGGCCGAAGCGCUCAAGGCAUGGGAAGAGAUCCAGGAGUGCGGCUGGCGUGCUAACCAGACAAUCAAGCGGCGAAUACAGCGGCAAUGCCCGGGCGAAUGCACAUCAAGUUGUGACUUGGACAGUGAGUUUGAAGAGGCCGAAGACUGCGCCAUCGCCGAUAAGUGUGAUGAGCUUGGCGUGAGUGAAGGCGCAAGAUCCAUACUGAAGUGUGUUAUAGCGCAGACCGACGGCGGUUGUUGGAAUGACUUUGGACUAGCCGACUUCUGCGAGGACUGGCCGUAUGGAGAGAUUGACUCCAGGUUUGUAGGCUCGUAUUACGUCUUGCUAAAGCACUAUCUAACGACAAUUCAUAAAGGUGGCGGGAGAAUACAGGUCUCUUCGCCCGUGUUCGCCGUGGAGGUGGCUGAGUCUGAAGCAGACCACCCUGCAGGCAUGGUGGUGCACUUGCGGCGCGCAGCAGGUAACAAGGUGGAGCGUCUGGAGUGCGAUCACGUUGUGGUCACUGUACCACUGACCGUGCUGCAGAAGCGCACCAUCAGCUUCCGUCCGCCAUUGCCCGAUCGCGUGCAGCACGCCGUCGACUCACUGCCGAUGUAUUCGGCUGUCAAGGUAUGCAUGCGAUUCACACGUCACUUCUGGCCGGACACGCUGACCAACUGGGUUUGCAACACGGGUGUUCUCAGCCAAUACUGGUGCAACCGUCGGUCGAAGCUGAGCACCCAGCUCAACGACACACCGUCCCUCGAUUUUCCCUACGCCGACUUACUGGAUCUAACUAACAAAGAUGGUUUCGUGGAGAAGGUGAAACGCUCCGAUGUCCAAGGACUGAAUGGCUUUACUUGUCUGGUUGAGAGCGAUGUGGAUAGUGAUGAGGAUCGUGAUGUACAGUUGCUGUGUGGGUUUGCUACGGCAGAGGUAGCAGAGGCGGCAAGCAAGUUGGAAGCUCCGACAUUGGUGCGGAAGGUGUUGAAACAGCUCGACGACGCUUUCAGAACAUGUACAAGGCAGGAUAAGGCUGCCAGUGGCUGUUUUCAGUCCGCUCUGGUGUGCAACUGGUCGAGACAUCCGCACGUCCUCGGCGGCUACAGCGCACCAGCCGUGGGUGGUGUAGCGCUGCGCCCAUGCCUGUCCGAGCCCGUGUACGGCGAGCGCUUGCUAUUCGCCGGAGAGGCGACGCAUCGUCAGCCCAGCAGCGUGCAGGCGGCUGUAGAAACCGGUAUCAGAGCUGCGCUGACGAUACGCAGCCAUGUUGCCACUAGUGCCACAAACACAUCGACUAUGACCGCCGAAGCACAAAACUAGGAAUACAUCAAGAACCCGUGUCAAUAUAUUUCAAAAAAAUUCCAUUCUCAUAAUCGUAUGCGAUUUAUAAAAUUCUAUUUAAUGUUCUGUUCUCUUCCUCCUAACCUGUGACGGAGCAGUAGUACUGACUUUAUCUUCAGCCAGCCGUAUACAGUCACAAAUGCCAAUUCAUGCCAUUCCACCGUUCUAGAGGGCUGUGUCAAGAGCCACACUGAUCACCGACCUAAUAAUAUUAUGAAACACACUGUGUUGCGUUCGCUACCUGUCGCUUCCGCACAUGCUGAUGCUAUUGCUGUUUUGUAUUCCCUCCACCCUGUAGGCAGCAUACAAUUUUAUUCUAUAUAUUUUCAUGGUUUUUUAGUGGUCUGACUUUUGCCAGAUAUUUUCCAUUUCUGAAAUGUUUUUAGGCUUACCUUGUUGAUAUUUGCCCAUUCGUCUUCAUUGUCAACCAUAACCAGUGUCAGCAUUAUUGAGUAUUCCCGGAGAGUACUACAAUUAUAGUACAAUCAUAA